AUGGUAGGUCAACACAAAAUGUUCAUUCAAAACCAGCACGUUGGUGACCGUUCACGUCUUGAAGACUGGCGUAUCACCGGGUACGACCCAUUGACUCCUCCAGAUCUCCUUCAGCACGAAUUCCCUCUCAGCAAAGCUUCUGAGAAAAACAUCCUUGAAGGUAGAGAAAGAGCCUGCGAUAUCCUCAACGGUAAGGACGACCGUCUCUUGGUGGUGAUUGGCCCAUGUUCCAUCCACGACCCAAAGGCUGCCCUCGAAUACUGUGAUAGAUUGUUCCAGCUCAGUGAAAAAUACAAGGGUGAAUUGCAUAUCGUCAUGAGAGCUUACCUCGAAAAACCUCGUACCACUGUAGGGUGGAAAGGGUUGAUCAACGAUCCAGAUAUCGAUGGGUCUUUUAACAUUAACAAAGGAUUGAAGAUUUCUCGUGAAUUGUUCUGCAAACUUACUGAAAAGCUUCCAAUCGCCGGAGAAAUGUUGGAUACCAUCUCUCCACAAUUCUUGUCGGAUUUAUUCUCGGUUGGUGCCAUUGGUGCCAGAACCACCGAAUCCCAAUUGCACCGUGAGUUGGCCUCGGGUCUUUCCUUCCCUGUCGGUUUCAAGAACGGUACCGAUGGGUCCCUUGGGGUUGCCAUCGAUGCCCUCCGUGCUGCUUCUCACCCUCACCACUUCUUGUCGGUCACCAAACCAGGGAUCACCGCCAUUGUCGGUACCGAAGGUAACAAGGACACUUUUGUGAUCUUGCGUGGUGGUAAGAAGGGUACCAACUACGAUGAAGCCUCGGUAUUGGAAGCCCAAGCCGAAUUAGAAAAACAAGGUAUCGACACCACCGGUCCUCGUAUCAUGGUUGACUGCUCCCACGGUAACUCGAGUAAAAACCACAAGAACCAACCUAAGGUUGCCCAAUGUGUUGCCGAUCAAAUUACAAAGGGUUCCAAGAGAAUUUGUGGGGUUAUGAUUGAAAGUAACAUUGUUGAAGGUAACCAGAAAGUCCCACCUCAAGAACAAGGGGGUAAAGACGCUUUGAUUUACGGUUGUUCGAUCACCGACGCUUGUAUUUCUUUCGAAGACACCGAAUCAACCUUGGAAGCAUUGUCCAAUGCCAUCAAGGCUAGAAGAGCUUUGUGA